UCCCUCCCUGGAGCAGGCAGGCAGGGUGGACAGAGCAGAGCAGAGCUGAGGGAGAGCCUGGAGCCUGACCCUGCCUGGAGGAGUAGAGGGACGUAGGUGAGGGAGUGGUGAGGGAGACCCAAAAGAGCCACAUCUGGCCAGGCAUACAGACCUCUACAUGCAGGAGCAUGGGGGCAUGUUAUUCAAAGAAAAAGGCGUACAACAUCAACCAACAGCAGCAGCGUGUGAAAAACGGAAAGCACCAGAAUGGCACAGCAUCGGCCUAUGCGAACCUGCAGUGGGAGCAGCAGCCCAGGCAGGAUGGGAGCCACCCACCUCAGGACUACCCUCACAGGGACCAGCCCCCAGUGGCUGGCUACAUCCCCCAACCCAAUUACAUGGAGGGAGAUCAUGAUCUCAUCAAGCCCAAAAAGCUCCUUAAUCCAGUGAAAGCCUCCAAAAGCCACCAGGACCUCCAACGAGAGCUGCUAAUGAGCCAGAAAAGGGGUGGCGUUGUUGGUGUGGAGUCUAAGCCGGAGCUGCAGCAAGUGUUAGAGGCCAGGAAGAGGGAAAAAGUGAUAAAGCAGAGGAAGGAAGAAGAUGAGGCCAGAAAGAAGAUCUCUCCUCUGGAACAAGAGCUCCUCAAGAGGAAGGAUAAGCUAGAAGUGUUGGAGAAGGAGCAGGAAAAACAAGAGGAGACAGUGAAAGCCCCAGAGUUUGUCAAGGUCAAGGAGAACUUGAGACGUACGUCCUUUCACAGUAAUGGAGAGAAAGAGGUGUAGAGACCAACCGGUCCAGGUAUACAAUUUAGUUGGAAUCUGCUGGAGUUUGCACGCAUGUGUGUGUUAUACGUGUGAAUGGACAAAGAACUGCUGUGAUGUGCUCCUCUGACUGCACAACUCAGACAACAGCAAGGAACUUCUACCUGUUACAAGGACUGGUCGACAAGCCAUGACACAAUGCCUUCACUAUCCUCCUCAGAGCAGAGACACAGAGAGAGACAGAGAAGGACGGUUGACUCUGCAUUGGGCUACUGUUACAGUCAGUAACAUAGGCCAAACUAUAGCUGUGACAUCUCAAUCCAGAGUAACUGGCAUGAGUGUGAGGGUCAAAGAGGGGAGCAGCUAUUCACUAGUGGACAUAGUGUUCCGUAUUGCAACGACUCUAGAAAUAAAGCCAAAGUGGGUGUUCUUCUACAGUGUCACAGCAGUGGCUUCUUUUCAUUUUAAGCUGUGUAUAUCCAAGAGUCAUUCUCUAGGAUACAGUAUAAAAAGCACACUGUACCUGCACAUACAAUCAAUAAUAGUGUUAACAGGAAACAAUCUAAUUAACUUAAUGGCACAUUCAAAAUCUUCUCAUGCAAUUUAAGGUCACGCAUCUCAAUGUGAAUUCUCUCACAGAGAAAGUUCCUAUCCCUAACAGUGCCUUCCUAGUUGCAUGUCAUCAUAAUCCAAAAGUUCAAAACAAGAAAAGCUAUCAUUAUGAAACUGUAUACUAUCAAUCAUUUAAUGUCACCUGGGCAUCAUAUAGAGUACUGUAUGUAGGUGAAUGUGAGUGUUGGUGUGAUUUUGAAGAGACACAAGAGGCACAGAUAUUUAUAUUACCUCCAACCCCAUCUCACCUUUUUUUUUCGGAACAUUUACAUGUUUUGGAAAGUGAUAUUUAUGUUUUGUGCGAAAGGUGUGAGACAAGGUAGAUAUUCUCACAUUUGUAAUUCUAUCACAGCUAUUUUUAAAUAAUAUUAUGUAGCGAUACACAAUUAAAUGCAAUCAGUUGAAUAAUUUUAUUUAAAAACGGCACUUUAGAAAAUUAAAUGAUGUAUCUGAAUAUGUAUUUUAGUGAUCAAAUAUGUAUUAGUCAUUUUUUAAAUAAUGUCUUCUUAAAAUCCAAUGAUUAAGUUUGAAUUUGUUUUUAACCUGAUUGCGUAUAUUUGUAUUUUUGUGUUUUUUUACACCACAUAUUGUUCUCUGUCUUUACUGACUCCUGAACCACUUACAAUGUUUAAUGGUAUAAAACUGUACAUGAUAUAAACAUGAAGACAUUA